ACAGCAGCGCUGGAUCUUUAUGGUUUCUUCUGAACUGCAACACAGAAACAAUGGCAAAAGAAUAUCUAAAGAACUGCUGCAAAUGGUGCUUCUACGUGGAAAAGGAAAAAAGUGAUUCAGUUUCCAUGGCGCAGGAAUCUGAAGCGGCAGCCGCAAAGAGGCCGGCUAUUGUGGAGAAACCUCCGUUGUCUUCUGUGCCCGUGAAGCGCCAAGUUGGCUGUUCAGAGGAUUAUCUGCUUUCUAAACUGCCUCAGGAUGGUCAGGAGGUACCGUUUGUGGUCCCUCCGUUCAAACUAGCUUAUGUGCAGCCGAAAAGCCUAGCUAGUGUCUUGCAUGCUGGGGGAAUUCAAGAAUCUGCCAGAGCUUCAUUUGGUGACCGGAAAGCAGAACUUUACAGCAUGUACCAGUGGCCCCAAUAUGAUGUGUACAACCCCUUCUUUCUGGAGCGCCACGUUUCACCAGAUCUUGUUAGGCGCUUCCAGGAUAAAGCAGAUAAUAGGAAAUUAUAUGGAUCAGCUAGUGAUUUAAGAACUGCCACUCUACCUGGAUCACGUGAUGUAAGUCGUUCAAUGUUUGAUCUCAGAAGCCCACCUCACAAGUUCAUGAAGAGGUAUGAUUCACUCUCUAGUGUACCUAGCAGCACCUCUUCCAGAAAGGAUUCACAAGGCAGUAACAGGAGUCUGGAUACUAUUACAUUAUCUGGUGACGAACGAGACUUUGGAAGACUGAAUGUGAAGUUGUGCUAUGUUCCUUCUGUCGAACAGAUCUGGAUCACAGUUUUACAUUGCAAAGACCUGAGCUGGCCUUCUAGUUGUGGGGAAAAUCCUCGUAUUUGUGUCAAGGGAAUUAUCACACUGCCAAAACCAGUGCAGUUCAAAUCCUCUGCCAAGGAAGGGUGUAAUGACAUUGAAUUCAUGGAAACAUUCGUGUUUGCCAUUAAACUGCAAAGCUUGCAGGCUGUCAGAUUGGUAUUUAAAAUCCAGACACAGACUCCCAGGAAGAGAACGAUUGGAGAGUGCUCCUUGGCACUGCGAGAGCUCAGCACAGAGGAACUGAGUCAUUGGCUGGAUAUAAGCCCUCCUUCCAAAGCACCAGUGUGCCACGCAGAUCUCCAAAUAGGAACUUGUUUUCAAGCAAUAAACAGGAGGAUUCAGUUACAGAUUCUUGAAGCUCAAAACCUUCCAAUUUCAUCUACGCCACUGUCUUUAAAUUUCUUUGUGAAAGUUGCAAUGUAUAGUACAGAAGGGCUGAUUUAUAAGAAGAAAACUCGCCUUCUGAAGUCUACUAACGGGCAAGUGAAAUGGGGGGAAACAAUGAUUUUUCCAGUGACCCAAGCUGAACAAGGAAUCAGUUUUCACAUCAAACUCUACAGCAGAAGCUCAGUAAGAAGAAAACACUUCCUGGGACAGAUCUGGUUAAGUUCUGAUAGCAGCAACAGUGAAGCAGUAGAGCAGUGGAGAGAUACUGUCAUGAACCCUGAAAAAGUUGUUGUUAAAUGGUACAGCAUCGGUCCAUCUUGAAGACUGGAGAUGAAACUAAGGACUGAUAAAGACUGUCGACAAAAAUAUCCUUAUACUGUUUAAAAUAGUACAAAUAAAAAGAAAAGUUGUUUACACAAGUUAUC